GACGUUGCUACAUAAUAUGCCUGAUGAAUCUAGUGGACUUAGUUAUGUACAUAGUGGAAAUAGAAAAUAAUUCUCAAGGAUAACCGCAUGUCAGCACCCAGUCCAUGCGUACUGUUCGUAAUGGCUCAGGCUGAAACUCCACAACAACGGAAACUCUUCAUGUUUAACAUGAAGAAAGAUAUCAUAAUGCUGAAGGAAAUAGUAGCAAUAAACCCAUUUGACCCAGAUGGCGGAAGCUGGAGGGAAGUCCUCGUACACUAUAACAAUGCUCUGAAGCAGUAUGGUCUGUUAUCCAGCUGUCCCUCGGAGCGGACCCUCACUGAUCGUGUUACCAUGCUCAUCAACAAGUUCAACCGAGAUGAACUCACUUCUUUGAGAGCGUCGGGGACCGCUGAAGAAGUAAAUGAAAGAGGAGAGUUGAUUCGGGAGGUAAAGGCACUCAAGCAGGAGGCAGAGGAGUUGGUCACGAAGAAAAAAGAAGACAAGAAGCGAAAGGGUAAAGAAGAGGAGGAAACUGCAAAGGAAAUCCGGAAAAGGGCCAUGGAGGGUUUGGCUGAGGAAGAGUUACGUGAUCUGUGGGAUCCAUUGUAA